GUGAACGUACUCAUAAAUGGCCCACAGAAAGGUAAACUCAUGCAGCGUUUCUGGAGGACAAAUAGUCAUCCAUGUGGAAGCUAUGUUAGUCCACAGGUGAUGUAAUUCUACAUGUGGGAAUUGAAAAACAUUUACUGCAAUGUUGCUUAAAAAUAGCAAAAUGCUUGGAAACAGCACAGGUCUACUGGGAAAGCAUCCAUUGAAUUAUAAAGCAUGCUUAUGCUGAGAUACUAUGUAGUUAUUUAAAUGAUUUGGCCCAUGUAGGAAUAUGAAGUGGAAAAGUUCUCAUUGCAACAGUUCUCUGUUGCUGCAUAACAAAUUGCAUAACUCCUGCGGUUUAGAACAACAUUGUUUAUUAACUCAAAGUUCUACAGGUCAGAAAUCCACACAGGGCCACAAUUGACCCUUCUCCUACUGGUUUCAAAGGUGAGUGGGUAGACACUUCAUCCAGAGCUCAGGGUUCUAGCCCCACUUCUGAGGCCCUGGUGGCAUACAGCAACUUGGGGUAGCUGAAUGGCUCAUUUCCAAGCUCCCCAUCACCUGGGGGCUCUCCCAGCUCCUAGCACCUGCCAACAUUUCUUGCCACAUGGCACCACCAUGGUGAAAGCUGGCAACAGAAUUUCCCAGUUACCCCUCUCAUUAACAUUAGGAAAUGUUCAGUCUCUUCACUAUUACUUAUCUUUUCUCUCUUUGAGAUACAGUCUCAUUGUGCAGCCCUGGAAUUUAAAAUCCUCCUUUCUUAGCUUCCUAAGUGCUUGGAUUACUGGUAUAAGCCUUGCGACACAGACAGACACCUGGCUCAUGGAAUGUUCACUGCUUUUAAAGGGACAGCCACCAGGUAAGAUUCAUUCUGCAUUAUCUUCCUAUUGUGAGGAACCAAACCACAUCUGCAAGUUCUCUUCUCACGAGCUCUCUAGAUGGUGUUAGAUUGAAAAACCAGGAGAACCGGCAGGGAUGAGAAUCUUUGGGAAGCAUAUCAGCAUGCUGAUAAGUUAAAAAUCGGCUCUGCCCAGUGCUCCAUGGCCUGAUUUCCUGCCCAGGCACUGAUGAACUCUGCCUGUUGGAGAAGCAACCCUCCCUCACAGAAAGGACCACCUGGAGGCUGCAGGACACGUGUGCGUGCUGAGAGAUGCCUUUGACUUCCAGAGCCCAUCUGACAUCGCGGACCUCAUCAUGGCCGAGAACGUGGACGCAGCAUUGGCUCUCCAUCUCUACAGGGGAGGACGGCUCCUGCAAGGUCAUCACAUUCCUUUUGGGGUCAUCUUUGGAGGGACUGACUUAAAUGAAGAUGCCAACCACGGAUUAAAAAGUGAAGUGAUGGGAAAAGUUCUUGAGGAAGCCAGGUUUGCUGUGGCUUUCACCCAGUCCAUGAAGGAGAAAGCGCAGGCGCAGUGGCCGCAUGCAAAGGGGAAGAUCUAUGUUCAGAGCCAAGGAAUUGCAGCCACACCCAACCCUGCCUUUAACUGGAAGGAAUUUCUUCAGCGUUCAGAGAUCAACGAAAGCGCCGACAACCUGCGCAUUUUCCUUCUGAUCUGCGGACUUCGGCAAGUGAAAGACCCUCUGUUCUUGGUGGAUGCGUUUUCAGAAUGGCAUGAGGAAGAGUCCAAUGUUUACCUAGUCAUUGUUGGCCCUGAGGUGGAUCCAGAGUUUACACGAGAAGUAAAAGCCCGUGUGAAGAGGGCCUCCGGGGUGCGGCUGGUCAGUGAGAUGUCACAGGGGGACCUGCACGCAGCCAUGAAGAACUGCUUUGCGCUAGUGAACAGCUCCGUCUCUGAAGGCAUGUCAGCCGCCAUCCUGGAGGCAAUGGAUUUGGAGGUCCCUGUGUUGGCCCGGAACAUCCCUGGGAAUGCGGCCGUGGUGGAGCAUGAGGUCACAGGGCUGCUGUUCUCCGACCCCCAGGAGUUUGUUCAGUUGGCAAAGAGACUGCUUCGCGACCCUGAGUUGGAGAGGGAGAUUGUGGCCAAUGGGAAGGAGUACAUGAGAAGGCACCACUCGUGGCAAGUGGAGAGGAACACCUACCAGGGCCUCGUCAGGACACUGGAGGGCAGCGCGGAGGACUGAGGGAGCUGAGUGCUGCGGGCAUGGAGAGGUGGGGGCUGGGCUUAGCGCCCCAGCACCGCCCCCCCCCAACACCCUUCCUGUGCUGCGGUGUGUCCAUAACCCAGUCCUCAUCUUGGCCCAGAGGGUGGGGGUGGGGCGAUGGCUUCCAGGGCCUUGGGAGAGAAUUAGAUGAGCUUCUUUGGGACUUUCUCCUGGACAUCUUGCUUCACAAACCCUUGAGUGACCCCCCACCCACCACUCACUGCCAGUUUGAAAAGCAGAAAAGUGAUCAGAAGAGUGAACCGAGGGUGCCAGCAGCAUUUCUGACAGGAUCUUGGGCCUCUGACCUUCAUUCCAGCCCAAGGCACUGAGGGCCUAGAGCCCAGGCCACAGCUGCCUGCUCUCUAAGCUCUGGGGAUGAAUCACAUAAGCUGUGGGAAUCACAGCCAGCAAGUUCACCCUGCUAGCACCCCUGCAAGGAAGGUGUGCUUUGUAGAAGAGGCCAGGCUGCCCGGAGGCCCUGUCUGCCUCUCAUACCACAUUUCCCACAGCCUGAGAACUUGCUGUCCCCGCCUCCCAGUGGAGGCUGGGCCUCGGAGAGCGGGAACCUGUGUUGAAAGGGUCACGAGUCUCCAGCCGUGGCAGAGUCCAGGACUUAACUGUGAGACAUUGCCAAAGACACAGUGGCCAUUGUAAUGGUGGCUGGGAGGGGGUGGCCGCCCUGCACUGGCAUGUCCCCUCCCCCCUGAAGGUCCUCACCCCUGCCGUGGUAGUGGCUUUGACCUGGGCAAAGCUCCACUGAGUCCUGACGCCAUCGCUUUCCCAGUAAGCUGGAGGUGAAUAUCUGCUGUGACUCGGAGGAGAAGAGGAGAAACCCCACUGAGAGCCGCACAGGGAGCUAGCUGUUCUGGAAGGGUUUGUGCGGGCUCUGGCCAGGGGUGGGAGGGGCAGGGCCAGCAGCAUCCUCCCUCCAACCUCCAGGACACAUCUGAGCAUUUGG